CGGAACUUCCCUACUGGCCAGAACACUUAUCCUGCACACUUUGAGCAACUGCUUUGCAAAUAUAAUCAUUUAAACCUGUCAUACUGACCAGUAACCGAGGCCUAGAAUACGACUUAUCAGGAAACCUACAAAAUUUGUGGGAGCUGGACCUUUCAACCAAUAACUUUUCAGGCAGCAUCCCACCAGAGAUAGGAAACCUACAAAAUAUGAGGUGGCUGUACCUUUCAACCAAUAACUUUUCAGGUCCAUUACCAUCCACCCUUGGGAGUCUUACAAAUCUGGUGGACUUAGUUCUCUCUUUCAACAAAUUAAAUGGUCCAAUACCAUCCACCAUUGGAAAUCUUACAAAUCUGCAGUCCUUAGUUCUCUCUUCCAACAAAUUAAAUGGUCCAAUUCCAUCCAACAUUGGGAAUCUUAUAGAAUUGGACUCCUUGGAUCUCUCUUCCAACAAAUUAAACGGUCCAAUACCAUCCUCCCUCUGCAAGUUGUCAUGGCUUUAUUAUCUUCUUCUCUCAAAUAAUACUUUGGAAGGAAGACUGCCACCACAGUGCUUUGGGAACUUCACCGCUUUGACCAUCUUUCAUCUAAACCAAAAUCAAUUUGAUGGCCUCAUUCCAUCUAUCUUUUCUAAGAAUUGUAGUCUCAUUUCCAUCAAUUUGGGUAAUAACAAAUUCCACGGACGAUUACCUAAAUCCUUAGUCAAUUGCCAAAGUCUAAGGGGUCUCGACAUUGGAAAUAAUAGAAUACAAGAUGAAUUUCCCUUUUGGAUGGAACGCCUUCCCAAGCUUAAAGUGCUAGUCUUGAAGUCUAACAAGUUUGAUGGCAACUUAUCACUUCCUUCGCCUACCAAACUUCCAUUUCCUAUGUUACAAGUUCUAGAUAUAUCUCAUAAUGCAUUUUUAGGCUCUCUACCAGAAAGAUAUUUCAAGAAUUUCAAAGCAAUGAUAGAGGAAAAGCAAAGAGAUGACACAGAGAUUUCCUACGAGAAAGAAAAACAAGAUGACCAGUAUCAAGGUUUUCUGGAUAUGACAAUCACCUUGAAAGGUCAGGAUAUGUUGUUGAAUAGACUACUUGAUACCUUCACAACAAUUGAUUUAUCCUCCAAUAGUUUCUCUGGGACUAUUCCACCUUCCAUAGGAAAUCUUAAGAUUCUCAAAUAUUUGAACCUAACCCACAAUAGCCUCACGGGACAUAUACCAUCAUCUCUUGGAAACAUGAGGCAACUCGAAUCAUUGGAUUUGUCAACAAACAAACUGGAUGGAGAAAUUCCAAGUGAAUUGACAAGGUUGACAUUUCUUGCAAAAUUAAACCUUUCAAUGAACAAUCUUGUUGGGCAAAUACCACGAUCCAAUCAGUUCUCCACAUUUGAGAAUGAUUCGUAUGUGGGAAACUUAAGAUUGUGUGGACUUCCGUUGACAAGAAAAUGCAACGAGGAUGAUGGGAAAUCGAUGCAGCCUGCAAAAGAAGAGGGUGAUGAUGAAUAUGAAUUCAUAGAUGGAUUUGGUUGGCGAUGUGUUGUGAUGGGAUAUGGAAGUGGAUUCAUUGUUGGGAUUGGAAUUGGAUACAUGAUUAUAAGGAGUGGAAGGCCAAGAUGGUUAGUGGAAUUCUUUUUCGGAGUUGGUUAUAAAUAUAAGACAAAGAAGAGACGCAACAGAGCUGCAUCAACACACAGGGUAACUUAGAUUGCAAGACUAAAGGAGGAUUGUGUGCUUUCCUUGUGUUUAAUUUGGGGAUCUUUCCUUGGUUGUUUCGAAUUACUUUUUUUACGUUUUUGGAUGUCAUGCUUGUGUUUCUACUUCUGUGGUUGUGCUCAAUUUCAAAUUUAGAGUUGUUGUAGUGUAUAAAAUUAUGUUAAGAAUUAAAGCUAAUUUAUGUUGUGUAUAUUUUGCAAACUAGUACUCUCACAUCCAUCAAAGAUGACUCACUUUCUUUUUUAGUUUGUC